AUGAGUAAAUCUUGUGAUAAGAGCUCAAAUGAUGAACCCAUUUCAUUGGAAGUGAGCUUUAAGGAUCUUAGCAUCAAUAACAGUUCAAGCAUUGAUUUUUGUAGCAGUACUGUAACUGGGUCUGAUAAUGUUAGUGUAGGCAGUAGUAAAAUAAGUGAUGCAGCUUUGGUGGAUAAAGAAGUGGAUUUUAAGAAUGUUAAGGUGAAUGAAGGUGAGGAGGAAUAUGUGAACAGUGGGAAGAGUAGUUUGAGUUCUGUUAGUGUUUGUAAUAGUGUGGACUUGAAUGAGGCUAGUUUUAGGAGUGUUUGGUCAUCAAAACCUCACAGGGGGAACGACUCGCGGUGGGUUGCAAUACAAAGUGUGCAGCCUAGAGAUGAAGAGUUGGGUAUAAGGCAUUUUAGGCUUCUGAAGAAAUUGGGGUUUGGGGACAUUGGGAGCGUUUAUUUAGCGGAGUUGAGGGGUACGGGAUGCCUUUUUGCUAUGAAAGUGAUGGAUAAAGGAAUGUUAGUCAAUAGGAAGAAAGUUGUGAGAGCUCAAACUGAGAGGGAUAUCUUAAGUUUAUUGGAUCAUCCUUUCCUUCCUACCCUUUACUCACAUUUUGAGACAGAUAAGUUUUCGUGUUUGCUUAUGGAGUUUUGCAGUGGUGGAGAUCUGCAUUUUCUUAGGCAGCGUCAACCGGGCAAGCAUUUCUCAGAGCAAGCAGCAAGGUUUUAUGCUUCAGAAGUGUUGCUUGCCCUUGAGUAUCUACACAUGAUGGGAGUGGUAUACAGGGACUUGAAGCCUGAAAAUGUUUUGGUGAGGGAAGAUGGGCAUAUUAUGUUAUCAGAUUUUGACUUAUCACUAAGAUGCUAUGUGAAUCCCACACUUGUUACAUCAAGCACCCACCAAUCUUGUGCAAUCUCUUCAUAUUGCAUUAAGCCAUCUUGCAUAGAUCCAGCUUGCAAAUUACCCGUUUGUGUAGAGCCUUCUUGUUUCCAACCCUCUUGCUUUAAGCCUCGACUUUUUAACUCAAAAACAGCAAAGCCAAGAGGUGAACGCAUGACUGUAGUCACUUCAGAUUCUCUCCCCAUGCUCGUUGCAGAGCCAACUGCAGCCCGAUCAAUGUCAUUUGUUGGGACACACGAGUAUUUAGCCCCUGAAAUUAUUAGAGGAGAUGGUCAUGGCAGUGCGGUCGACUGGUGGACAUUUGGUAUUUUCUUAUACGAAUUGCUUCACGGGAGGACACCCUUUAAAGGCAAUGGUAAUAGAGAGACUUUAUUUAACGUCGUUGGACAACCCUUGAAAUUUCCUGAGGGUUCUAUGAUAAGUUUUGCUGCAAAGGAUUUGAUUCGAGGUUUGCUCACCAAGGACCCUCAAAGUCGAUUAGGAUUUAAAAGAGGUGCCACAGAGAUAAAACAGCAUCCGUUCUUUGAUAGCAUUAACUGGGCUCUCAUUCGUAGUACUCAUCCGCCACAGAUUCCUAAACCAGUUGAUCUUGCAUCAUAUAAUCAAGCAGUCAAGUCAUCUUUGUCCAAAAGUGACAAGGCUGUGUCCGAUUCAGACAGGUCAUCUGGUCCCUUUUUAGAUUUCGAAUUUUUCUAG